AUGGCUGUCAUCUGGGGCCUCGAUCUCAGGGAGAUGCAGUGGGGCAAGUUCAAGAACUCGUACAUGUGGAACACUGAGUACCACCUGCGCCGCACCAAGUUCAUUGUCUACCAAUGCGCCAUGAUCUUCUGUGUCGUCUCCGAAUCCCUCGGCACCGCCGCACUAUCUGACUACGUCGACCAACAGUCUUUCGUUGCCAAACACAACCCCGACGCCUACGUCUUCAACAAUGACUACAUUGGCGCCGCCUCGUACAACAUCUUCGUCGGCAUCUACGUCGCCACCAUCUUUGGCUCCGGCUUCUUCUUUGACCUGUUCUGGCCGGAGCGCUACGAGUCCCCUGCCGUCAAGCUGGCCUGGCGUAUCUGCUCCGUGCUGGCCUGCGUCUUCGCCCUCGCUUCCGCCCUAACCCUGACCAUCAUCACCGCAACCCACUCCGCCUACGUGACUGGCGUUGAUGCACCCGAGGCCACUCGCUUGCUUGAAGCUUAUGGCGGCAGCCCCAUGCGCUACCGCAAAAACGGCCGCGCCAUCGCCAGCGUCGUCUUCCUCUGGCCCGGUUUCGUUGCAACCGUCGCCAGCACCGUCAUACUGUGGAUGAGUCUGAGCCACAACGACCGUCUCGGUCCCAAGAGUACCCAUGCUCGCGAGGCCGAGAAGGGCUUCGGUGGCGCCCCCGUCGUCGAUGGCCCGGCCGAUACUACCAGCGACGUCGCUCGUCCGGACAAUGUCCAUGUGAACGGCGAUAAGACGUACGAGGGUGUGUGA